AUAUAUGGAAAUGAGAUAACUUCCUUCUUUCCAUGUCCAUCAAGUAGCUAGCUAGCUCUAAUUCUAAAAUGGAAGAUCAUGAACAUGAUGAUAAGUAGAGCAGUGGCAUUGACAGUGACACUAUUCCUUGUCCUUAUUUCUGUGAACUUGACAGGCCAGUGCUAUGGUCAACUGCAAUUUGGGUACUAUAAGGAUAGGUGUUUGUUCGAUGUUGAGUCCAUCGUGCGCGGUGUAGUUCGGGCAAAAUUCAGCACUGACAAGAUGACUGUCGCUGCUCUUCUUCGGUUGCAGUUCCAUGAUUGUUUUGUCAUGUAUGUAAGAGGCUAUGAUGUUAUUGAUGCUGCAAAAUCUGCUGUGGAAUUCUUCUGCCCGAGGCUUGUCCCUUGUGCUGAUAUUAUUGCAAUGGCUACCAGAGAUGCUGUUCUCUUCGCAGACGGAGGAUGGUACAAUGUAGAAACAGGAAGAAGAGAUGGUUUGGUAUCAUCUGCUAAAGAUGUGGACCUGCAAUUUGUUAAGAAAGGACUUCUAGGUACUUCAAAUUCUUCCUCUAGUAAUAUUGGUGGUCACACAAAGAUUACUCGGAUUCUAAGAGAUAGGUGUCCUCAGAAUUCAGCUGGAACCAAUACAACAUUUCUUGAUCAGAACCCUUCUAGUUCUUUCAUUGUAGAUAAUUCUUUCUACCAGCAAAUACUACAGCUGAAAGGGAUCCUCCAAGUUGAUCAAGAACUGGCAUUGAACCCCAUUACCAAAUCCGUAGUGAAAAAUAUAGCCACGGGUAAUGAUUUCUCAAUCAACUUUGGUCGGGCCAUGGUGAAGUUGGGAGCUGUAGAAGUCCUCACUGGCAAUCAAGGGGAAAUCAGGAGAUCAUGUGUAACAGUAAACAAUCCAUAG